AUGACUCGACUAAGCGCAGCUCUGCUCCAGAACGACGCCGGCAAGCGAGUCGUCAUCUCCCGCGGAGGUCCAGUGCGAGUGUCGCGGGGACGUAAACCGGAGCGGAUCCAAGUGAGUCGGGUAUCCGAAUCCUCCGAACGGCGGGUAUAUCGAGGUCAAGGGGCGCAGGUCACGACGGGUGUGAAGUCCAGAGUGUUUCAACAAUUGUCUGUUGCCAAUAAUUUCCACUGCGCCGAAAUCUGGCUCGCGCUAGCCCCACUUGGGUUAGAUGUGGUGCCUAAUCCAACAGGCUUUGGGCAAUGCCUGGGACAAGUACACAACGCCACGCUAGAUAAGCGCGGGAACGCAAAAUACUGGAUCGCUGCUGCGGGUGGAGCACAGACUAGGAUCUGGCCAGCAGGGUCUAAAAUAACUCUAAAGCAAAAUUACAACCACGGCACGUCAAGCGUGGCUGAGGCUGACAUCCGUUACUAG